ACAGCAACUGAAAUCCUAACUGAACAAAAGAACCCAAAGCAAUGGAUUUCUCAAGUUUAUUGAGCACCCUGAUUUUUUAUUCUGUACUAUCCAUUACUGUUAUAUACAUGCUCACCAAGCUCAGAAGCAAGCCAUCUGGGAGGCUGCCACCUGGACCACGUCCCUGGCCGUUGGUUGGGAACAUCCUCCAGGUGGGCAAGAAUGCGAACGAAUCCUUCUUCGAGCUUGCGAAGAUCCAUGGCCCCCUCAUGACCCUCCACCUCGGAUGGCGGACAACUGUAGUAGCCUCAUCGCCCGCCAUGGCCAGAGAGGUUCUCAAAACGCAGGACCCAUCCCUGUCAGCACGUACAAUGAUUGAGGCUGCCAAGUGUCUCGAGUACGGCGAAAACUCGCUGGUGUGGAGGGACUGCGUGCCACGCUGGCGCACUCUUCGCCGCAUCUGCACCACCCAGCUCUUCACUGUCAAGCGUCUGGAGGCACUCCACCACCUGCGGCGGGAGCAAGUGAGAAGCAUGAUGAGGGCCAUUUAUAAGUCCACCUCAGCUCCUCUGGAUAUCGGCCAUGCUGCCUUCCUUACCAGCUUCAAUUUGGUGGGCAACAUGAUAUUUUCCAAGGACAUGUUCGACUGGGAUGAGUCGGAAAAGUCGAAAGAGUUUAAGAAAGCGCUCGCUGACAUGCUCUUUGUUGGUGGCAAGGCUAAUUGGGCUGAUUAUUUUCCUUUCCUCAGGCCUUUCGACCCGCAGGGCAUAAGGAAGGAGUUGACUAGGAUUUUUAGGAUUAUGUUUGCAGUCUUCGAUCAAUAUAUCGACGAGCGCCUGCAGAGCGGGAUAAGAAGAGAGGAGGAAGACAAGGAUUUUCUCGAUAUUUUGCUCGAGAGUAAGACCGAGACUGGGGAGAAGCUCACAAAGUUUGAGAUCACUCGCUUCUUCUAUGACUUGUUCACAGCAGGGAGUGAAACUUCUAGUCACACAAUUGAAUGGGCCAUGUCAGAAAUCAUACGAAAUCCAAUGGUAAUGGAAAAAGUGAGGGACGAAUUGGACAAGGUAGUGGGGAAAGAAAGAAGAGUAGAAGAAAGUGAUAUUGACAACCUCCCUUAUCUUCAUGCAGUUGUUAAAGAAACCUUUCGUCUACACCCUGUUGCUCCCCUUCUGAUCCACCAUAGAGCCCUUAACUCUUGUGAAAUUGAAGGGUAUGUUAUACGUAAGGAUGCCCAAGUGUUUGUGAAUGUUUGGGCGAUUGGAAGGGACCCUAAUGUAUGGCCAGAACCAGACAGGUUCUUUCCAGAGAGGUUUGUGGACUCAGAUGUGGAAUAUAAAGGCCAAAAUUUUGACUUGCUUCCUUUUGGAUCAGGGAGGAGAAUAUGCCCAGGGCUCCCUUUGGCUCAUAAAAUAGUUCAUGUAAUAGUGGCUACUCUCCUUCAAUGUUUUGAUUGGCACCUUCCCAAUGGACAGAAUCCAGAAAAGUUAGAUAUGAGCGCAAAGAUUGGAAUCAAUUUAACAAAGGUACAACAUCUGGUUGCAAUUCCCACACCUCGCUUACCACAACAUAUUUAUAACUGAUUGCUACUAUGAAAGGGGAAAAUGUUCUUCCUAAUUAGUUACUCUUGUGUUAUGCUUGGAAGUAGUACUUCCUUUUAAGUAAAUUAGUAUAAAUAAAAGACUUACUAUCAAAAUGGAUCAUUCAGAACAUGCUUCUUAAAGGAGGUUGUUCUUUUGAAGGGGCAUGAAAUAUUCUGUUAAGUAAAUUAGUAUAAAUAAAUGACUUAACAUCAAAAUGGAUUAUUCAGUUUUUUAUUGUAUUGAACAUGUUGUUCAAAGGAGGUUGUUCUUUUGAAGGGGCAUGAAAUAUUCUGCAAUGUGACUU